CUGCUGCUGGGUGAUACUAUCGCUAUGUCCCUGACAGUUUCAGAAAGUCAACAUCUAAAUCGAAAGUGUAUUCUGGCCGAUUAAACGAUCGUUGUCAAUGUCGCAUGCUCCGGAUUUAAGUGUCUUUGAAUAUUUCUGUUGUUUACUGGGGUAAACGUACCUGUUUAUCUCUUUAUUUACUGUGGCAAGCUAAUCUAGCUAGAAUGCUUGCUAGCUAGGCAGUAGUGACAGCUAAAACUGGUGGCUCACGUUGGCUAGCACAAUCAGCGCAGGAGCUAAACUAAAGAGCUCCAGAUGCGGCUAAAGGAUCCCUUCUCCUUGAAAGCCGCGGACAUGACAAAGCGGACUAAUAAGCCGAGGAAACCUCGAGAUGAGGAGUCAUCGGAUGAAGUCAGUGGGUUGACAUGCCAGCAUGUGAACAAGGCAGUGGAUCUGAGCUCAGUGAAGAAGGCAGUGAGCUCCAGCAUAUGGUCGGUGUGCUCUGAGUGCUUAAAGGAGCGGACCAUGAUAGAUGGAGAGCCAGCAGGAUCAUACGACAUCCUGGUCUGCCUUAAGUGUGGUUUCCAGGGCUGCAACCAGUCGGAGAUCCAACACUCUGCCAAGCAUCACCAAGCUCUCCAUCCAGAGUCUCACUGCAUCACCAUCAGCCUGAGCACCUGGAAGGCCUGGUGUUUUGAAUGUAAUGAAGAGCUCUCCACUCACUGUAAUAAGAAGGCUUUGGCCCAGACCCUGGACUUUCUACAAAAGCACUCUGUCAAGGCAACAUUAGGAACAUCGCCCAAGAUCAUCAAGCUGCGAGAGGAACCAUUUGACUAUGCUGACCCAUCCAAAGGGAAGAGUCCAGUGAUCAACAGCAUGUUGGUUCCUGUCAAAGGCAUUAAUAACCUGGGUAACACCUGCUUCUUUAAUGCUGUAAUGCAGAACCUGUCCCAGACACACAUGCUGAUCGACCUCAUCCAGGAAGUAAAAGAGAAAGGGUACAAGCUGAGGAUCUGCCCCCCUGUUGAGACAAACCUGAGUCCAUUGACAGUGACGCUGCCCAGUCCAGAGCCCCUGACCUCGGCCAUGUUCCUUUUUCUUCACAACAUGAAGGAGCCAGGGAAAGGCCCAGUCAAUCCCAAAAUCCUCUUUAAUCAGCUCUGCCAGAAGGCUCCACGCUUCAAGGGCUACCAGCAGCAGGACAGCCAGGAGCUGCUGCACUACUUGCUGGAUUCCAUACGAGUAGAGGAAACAAAAAGGGUCAAAGCUAGCAUCCUGAAGGCUUUCAACAAUCCCACAGAGAAGACAGCAGAUGAGGAGACAAAACGCCAAGUCAAAGCAUAUGGGAAGGAAGGUGUGAAGAUGAACUUUGUUGACCGCAUCUUUGUAGGGGAGCUGACCAACACAAUCAUGUGCGAAGAGUGUGAGCAUAUUUCCACAGUAAAGGAGGCUUUCAUAGACAUCUCUCUACCCAUAAUUGAGGAGAGGAUAUCAAAACCAUCCAACCCUGGACGUUUGAUUAAGAGUAGCCGGGAGCAAGACGUCCACAUCACUCACAGUGACCAGGUUCUUCCUGCAGCACACUCUGUCAAUAGGAACACCAGGAAGAUGAGCGGACAGAGGCAGCAGGGGAGGAGAUCUUCAGGCUCUAUGGAGGAAAAGGGAGCAGGCUGUGCAGCGGAGCGGUCAGAGGAGGAGGCGGUGGCGGGUGGAUUGGCCCACGGCCACUCAGCCUGCAAGAUGGCCACCGCCGGCAGCCUGUCCGACGGCAGCGAGAAAGACUCGGGUGCUCAGGACAGCAGCAAUGAUGCUGAUAGUGAGGCCUCGGAGAGCGAGUGGGCCCCGCGCCCUUCUUCCUCUUCUUUCUCCAGCCACGGCCAUGGCUAUGGCCGAGUCGCCACCCCAUCAUCCACCUCAACAUCUACGCUCACACCCUCCCCUACGUCCGCGUCCGCGCCCUCGGCCCGGCAAGGCGGUGCGGUCGAGCAGCUAGUCAGCGCUGUCUCUAAGGUGAACCUGGGAAUCACUCCCGGGGACUGCUCCCCCUCCACACACUGCUCCCCAGAGGAACAGGCAGAGCCACAGCCUCAGCACUCCCGAGACAAUGUCCACCACCAGCAACACCAAGGGGCGUUCCAGGCGCUGUCCCACAGCUACACACCCUGCUCGAAAGAGUGCUCCAUCCAGUCCUGCCUCCAUCAGUUCACCUCUGUGGAGCUGCUGAUGGGCAAUAACAAGCUGCUGUGUGAGAACUGCACCGAGCGCAGGCAGAAGCAGCUGCGCAAGAGCAGCUCAGCCGAUAAGAAGGUGGAGAAGGUUUACACCAGCGCUAGGAAGCAGAUGCUGAUAUCCUCACUGCCCCCUGUCAUCACAUUGCAUCUCAAGCGCUUCCACCAGGCAGGGAUGAACCUACGAAAAGUGAACCGCCACGUUGACUUUCCUCUGAUCUUGGAUCUGGCUCCAUUCUGCUCUGCAACCUGCAAGAACCUGGCUGCUGGGGAGCGUGUCCUCUACAGCCUCUUUGGGAUUGUUGAACAUAGUGGCUCAAUGCGGGGUGGCCACUACACUGCGUACGUUAAAGUCCGCUCUCCCCAGAGGAAAACAGACCAGCAGCGCAGGAACCUCUCAGGUGCGAGGGAAGCCAGCAGCAGCUCCCAGGGCCAGUGGGUGUACAUCAGUGAUACCACCGUUCAGACGGUACCAGAGUCCAGGGUCCUCAACUCUCAGGCAUACCUGCUCUUCUAUGAGGAAAUGCUUUAAUGCAGCUGGCAAAUUGAAACAAUUUUUCCCCCAAGAUCUUUUUUUUUUUUUUUAACAUGGUAUUCACAGACUCUGCGCUACCCUUCAUACUGUAUCUAUGAAUAGGUGGUAUGAAGAGAAGGGAAAGACUUUUCACACUCAGUGACCAUACCUAUUUGCCAUAUACCUACAGUUCAUCAUUCUAAAUUGUGCGCCUCUACAUCUAAAUAUCUUAAAUACAUGAAAAGAUCAACGUUUGCUAGGGAACGUUACUGUGUGCUGCUUCAGUGUUGUCGAGGAUCCCAAUUUUCACUUAAGUUUGCCUUUUGAGAAAUCCUAUAAUUUGCCCUUGAAAAGAUGAGGAAGGAGAUGAAUACAGCGAUACCACACAAAGAAGGGAGGAGCCACAGAGCUAUUCAACCUAAGAGAGAGAGGGACUGUUGUAAAUUUUCUUCUUUGUGUCACUUUCCUGUUCCUGAGAUUGAAACUUCAUCAGGGAAUUUGCUAACCAACAGGAAAUAAGCAGAAUUAAUGCCUGCUGGACUGUGCUCAGCACUGAUCAAUUGAGAAUGUGUGUGUGUAUGAGUGUGUGAGACUGAGAAGAUUUUUUUUUCCACAGCAGCCAUUUUGGCAGGGAAGAGCAGGGUAAUCAUAGGUGUUACUAAUGACAUUAAUUAAGUUCCUGUUUUAUUUAAGUGGAAUAGACUGUGUCCAAUGAGCCAGCAUGAACAACACCAGGACCCUGUCUCUGCUGACCGAAAUGGAUUGGAAACUAUUAACGUUCUUGGUAACACUUGUGUUUACCUGCUGUUUCAUGUCAAACUGGCUGCUGUGAAAAAGGUCUAUUUGCUUCAAGGUGCUGCAUGUAGCAUUUUAACAUCAGGUAAUCUUUAUCAUAUUCAUUUUGUUACCUUAGUAUAAGUUCCCUAAACAAAAACUAUCACUGAGAAGACUGGCAGCCUCAAUACUGCACUUUGUGAUUUGUGAUACGGUUGAUUUUGGCGAGAAAUAUGCUAGAUUGCUUUACAACACAAAACAGGAAGAGGGCGCUGUUCCUCCAGCACCGUGGUGUUAACGCUUGGGAGUGAAAAGGCCAGUGGAAAAAUCAUUUCCCAAUUGUUGAUCCUCCUCAGCAAAACAAAAGAUGACGUUGGAGAGGGGGAUGAAGCAACACCUUCCUUGCGGUUUAUCAGAGGCAUGUUCUUAUUUUUGAGAAACACUGGUAAUACCACUGGGGUGAGAAAGAGGCUACCAGUCUUCUUGACCAUGGUUUCAUUUGUUUACAGUAAUUAUACUAAGAUGUCACAGUCAAAUUGUGAACAAUCUGUCGUGGUUCUGACUGAAAAUGCUUCAUGCGGCACCUUAAGGAGUAGCACAACGUAGCGAAGUUACUUACAGCCUGCUGUGGUGGAAUGGAUUGUUCUUUUUGUACAUUAGAAUGUAUAAAUGUAUGACUAUCACUGAAUUACAUUUGCCAAAGAGGAGUACUGCAGCUGCACGCUACAACGGAAAGUCUAAAAUUAACGUUUAAGUGGCUUGCUUCAUUCAGAGUUUCUAAACAUUUGUUCUGUCAGUGUCGUCCAUGUGGCUCUUGAGCACCAACAGUGUACUAACCAUGUACUCGGUGUUGUGCCAUGUCGGACCACACAAGUCUAGUAAACCCUUCAGCAAAGAGUCAGUGCUGUAUAAGAGUCAGUGCUCUAGAGGACUCACUUUGUUGAAUCUGGACGUUAAAAUAUUUUAUCCCCUAAUACCAUCAUUGGGGUUGGUCAUGUCAAAAAAAAGAAAAAAAAAAGGAAAAAAAAACUCUUCAAGGCUUCAAGCCUUAGUGGGAAACAUUUUGCCUGUACUUUGCAUAAUUUGCAUGGGCUAAUGUUAUAAAGAAUGUAUUGCCUACUUUUGAACUGUUUGUGUCAAAUAUUGAGAUAUUCGUCUUUUUAUAUGAAAGUAUUUUAGAUGAGUACGGUUUCAUUUUUGUCGCUUGUUGGCAAUUGCCAAAAUACCCGGUUGAGGUGACGGUUUGCCGUAUGUGAUAGGAUAUCAAGUUUUCUUCAUUUCUUUUGAAACAAGCAAAAUAUCAGUGCCUAUGCUUCAGGUUGAAGAAAUCUGUGCAUGGUGAGAGCAAACCAUAUACAGGUUCAAAUGCAAAAGGGGAAUGUAUGUGGCAUAUUUAUGAACAGUAUAAUUUACUGUAUGCAAAAACAGACAGGAAAAUUUCAUGUAUAUACUGGAAACACAAUACAAUAUCGUGUAUGUAUGGUGCUCCAGGCGUGCAGGGCUUUUCCUCAAGGCUGAUAUAUAUGUUUUCUGGAAAUUACAGUUUCCAUUAUGGAAUCUUAGUUGGGAUGUGCAUACCACAUAUAAAAACAGAAUAAAUUUAAUUUAUGAAGUGAA